AAACAGACGGCAAAUAGCCAUCUUUAGUUUGGGCAGGGAAUUCAAUCGAUGUGAAAUAGCCAUUGCAGUUAAGGGCAUGUUGUGUCAGGGGAGAUUGGCCGUGUGCGUCAUUUUAAUUCGAGACAGCUUGCUUUUAUUAAUGACUUGUCUUUAAAUUUGGAAAUGCAACCGGUUUAAAAGCAAAGACAUUGCCCUCUUAUCUCUGUAAGGGGUUUGGAGAAGUUAAGGGCAAGGCGAAGCGGCACAGGGCGCCAUCUUAACGAGUGGCAGCAGCAGAGAGUCGGUCGCUCUCUGAGGAUGUUCAGGGCUGUCCGUGUACUGCCUGUUUCUCGGUCCUGCAGCCGGACAUGGCUUCUAAGGACCCAAAGCUGUCCACUCUAUUCCAAGGACCCCAGUGGAGCUGCCUUUUCUCGUUGCCUGACUGUAAGGACCCACGGAAAUGCCCAGGGCAAUUGCCUGUUUUUAAAGACCCUUAAAAGUCUGUUUAAGGACCCAAGUUUUAGGGCUGUCUCAUUUGAUGGCCUGUCCAAAAAAUCAUACAAGGACCCCAGCAGGGAUGCCCUCUGUCAGUGCCUGUCUGAAAUAAGACCUCCGAAGGAUCCCAAAGGUGAUCUGGAUAACUGCCAGAGUUUUAAGAACUGCUUUCGCUCAAAGGACCUGUAUAGCUUCCUGUGUGGAAGGACCCCUCAACAGUGGGAUAGCUGUCCUGCGUGUCUCCCUGUCUUUAAGGACUUACAGCACUGGGAUGCCUUCUCAGGACCCCGGCCUGGGUGGAAGGGCUGUCCUUUGGGAACGCCUGUCUCGAAGACGGUGCGAGGACCCCUGUGGGGGUGCCCUGUGGAACUGCCUGUCUCGAAGGAGAUACAGCAGCGGAAGCACACUUUUAAAGGACCCCGGCUGGGCUGUCCUGAGAGACUGCCUGUCUCCGGAGAAUGAGGCGCGAUGCAGGCGGGAGCUGGCCAGCAAUGGGGUCCUUUACACUAGGGGUGAGACUGGGAGGACUGGCAGUGGUACUGAGGGCUCUGGGAGAGAGACUGGGAGCUCUGGCAGUGGUACUGGGGGCUCUGGCAGCGGUGCUGGGAGGACUGGGAGUGGUACUGGGGGCUCUGGGGCGCGUGCUGCAGUGCUGGUCUCUCUGUGUACAGUGGAGGGUCAGCCAGCCCUUCUCCUCACUCUGAGAUCCAGCAAACUGACAGGAAGACACAAGGGAGACGUGAGCUUCGCGGGGGGGAAGGCGGACCCAGCGGACCGUGAUGUCAUCGAGACCGCGCUGCGGGAGACGAGAGAGGAGCUGGGCGUGCGAGUGAGCGAGAGGAGAGUGUGGGGGCUCCUGAGACCCCUGAGAGAGGGGUCCGGGAUGGUUAUCGCUCCUGUAAUAGCAAACCUCGGCCCCUUGGAGGCGCUGCCUCUCAACCCCAACCCAGACGAGGUAGAAGAUGUCUUCACUCUCUCUCUCUCUCACCUCACUGAUCCGGUCAAUCUGGGCUACACAAACUUCCGAGUGGAUGGUCGCUAUGGUUACACUCUUCCCGUAUUCCCGCGGGGAAAGCAUCGAGUGUGGGGGCUCACUGCGGUCGUGAUGCAGCAAGCGAUCAACAUCGUAGCCCCCCUCCUGAAAACCAUCCCACAGCAAAGUGUAAUAAAACACAAAGCAUGGUGAAGCACAGGGAAGCAUUGUAAAGCACAGAGAGGUCUGGUAAAGCAUAGGGAAGCAUUGUAAAGCACAGAGAGGUCUGGUAAAGCAUAGGGAAGCAUUGUAAAGCACAGAGAGGUCUGGUAAAGCAUAGGGAAGCAUUGUAAAGCACAGAGAGGUCUGGUAAAGCAUAGGGAAGCAUUGUAAAGCACAGAGAGGUAUGGUAAAGCAUAGGGAAGCAUUGUAAAGCACAGAGAGGUCUGGUAAAGCAUAGGGAAGCAUUGUAAAGCACAGAGAGGUGUGGUAAAGCAUAGGGAAGCAUUGUAAAGCACAGAGAGGUGUGGUAAAGCAUAGGGAAGCAUUGUAAAGCACAGAGAGGUCUGGUAAAGCAUAGGGAAGCAUUGUAAAGCACAGAGAGGUCUGGUAAAGCAUAGGGAAGCAUUGUAAAGCACAGAGAGGUCUGGUAAAGCAUAGGGAAGCAUUGUAAAGCACAGAGAGGUCUGGUAAAGCAUAGGGAAGCAUUGUAAAGCACAGAGAGGUCUGGUAAAGCAUAGGGAAGCAUUGUAAAGCACAGAGAGGUCUGGCAAAGCACAGGGAAGCAUUGUAAAGCACAGAGAGGUCUGGUAAAGCAUAAGGAAGCAUUGUAAAGCACAGAGAGGUCUGGUAAAGCAUAGGGAAGCAUUGUAAAGCACAGAGAGGUCUGGUAAAGCAUAGGGAAGCAUUGUAAAGCACAGAGAGGUGUGGUAAAGCAUAGGGAAGCAUUGUAAAGCACAGAGAGGUCUGGUAAAGCAUAGGGAAGCAUUGUAAAGCAUAUUAAAAACACACACACAUAUAUAUAUAUAUAUAAUAUAUUUAUUUGAACACUGUCAUUUUUUAUUGUUAAAUACUUAACUAUAUAUAACUAUAAAAUAAAUAACAUUUCUGAAUACCAUGA